AUGCAGCGGAGCCGAUCUACCACGUCGGCAUGGGCGUGCCACGUAUGCGUUCAGGGGGAAGAAGGUUCAACCCCUCUCUUUCUCCCCUUCCCCUCUUCCCCUCACUCCCCGCCCCUGCUCCCCCGCCUCCUCCCCAUUCCUCCCCCUUCCCCUCCCCAUUUCCCCCCCACCCCCCGCACCCCCCCCUCCUCUCUUCCAGCCGGGCAGCAGUGGAGCCGAGCUGCCACGUGGGUGUCCCUCUUCCUCCCCCUUCCCCCCCCUCCUUCGCAACUUCCCCCUCCCCCCCUCUCCUUCCCCUCCAGCCUGGCAGCUGUGAAGCCGUGCAUACACGUGGGCGUUCAGGGGGAAGAAGCUUCAUCCCCUCUCUCCCUUCCCUUCCCGUCUUCCCCCCUCUCCCCGCCCCUGCUCCCCCGCACCCUCCCCAUUCUCCCCCCCCCCCCUUCACCCUCUUCCAGCCUGGCAGCUGUGGAGUCGAGCUUCCACGUGGGCGGUCAUGGGGGGGAAGGUUCCUGGAAUUGGGGCGAGUGUGGGGGCCAAUGUGACGAUCCCAUGUGGCAGAGCUGUGCUUCUGGACGUGCCACGUGUCAGCCUGGGAUUGCUCAUUGUGAAGGGCUGGCUGAGAUUGCUGGACAACCCGUUUGUACCCUCUAUAAACGUCCAAGCCCGGUUCAUUAUAGUUUACGGUCGCCUAUCUGUGGGCACAGAGAAGCACCACUUCCACUCCCAAGCCACAUUCACGCUCGUCCCAAACCUCAGGUGGGCGGCCAGGUGGAUUUCCACGGCAUGCCAGGUGGCGGCAGCACGCCCGCGUGGGUCCGGCUGGCACAACGGGCCAAUAAGGGCGCGCGGCAGAUCACUGUAGACGCUGACGUCAGCGCAUGGCCCCGAGGGGGCGUGAUUGCAUUGGCGAGCACGACGCCAGAUUUGAAUAACGCCGAAAAAGCAAUCGUUACUGGGGUCAGGAGGAUCAACCCAUCCAGCAGCGUCAUCUCCCUCUACCGCCCUCUCAAGCACUCGCAUGACGGGGAGAGGCACGCUGUGAGGGACGGGUUUGGCGGCACUGUGGACGUUCGGGCCGAGGUGGCGCUGCUGACACGGAAUAUUGUGAUUCAAGGGGUGCACGAGCAGCCUCCGUACCAGUAUGAUGGUGGGCAUUUUAUGGUCUACAUGACUCGCACACCUCAAGUAAUUCACGGCGUGCAGUUCAAGGGGCUUGGGAUGCAGGGCAGCUUGGGAAAAUACCCCCUGCACUUUCACAUGUGCGGCAACGUGAAGCGACGGUUCCUAGUUCGCAAGAACGUGAUUCUGGAGUCGAAGCAGCGGUGCAUAGUGGUUCAUGCCACCUCACGGGUAACCAUUGCAGACAACGUGGCGUAUGAGACGAGGGGGCACUGCUUUGUGUUGGAGGAGGGCAGUGAGGCGAGGAACACCUUUAUCCGCAACCUGGGCAUGUGCACCCGUGCUGUGCAACGGCUUAUCCCCCCGGCCUCCCUUGCGAAAUUCGACCGCCAGACGGACGACAGGCCGUCCACGUUUUGGCUCGCCACGCCCUUCAACAGCUUCGUGGGGAACGUGGCCGCUGGGUCAGAGGACUCGGGAUCCUACUGGUUCGCCACUGCCUCUUGCCUCGCCACUCCCUUCAACAGCUUUGUGGGGAACGUGGCUGCUGGGUCGGAGGACUCGGGCCCCUGCUGGUUCGCCACUGCCUCUUGCCUCGCCACGCCCUUCAACAGCUUCGUGGGAAACGUGGCUGCUGGGUUGGAGGACUCGGGGGGCAUCGACCCUCUUGUGCCUUGUUCUCUCACUCACUGCUACUUGUUCCUUCUCGUUGUUUCUGAGACGCCUCAAACCACUACUUUUAUCACCAAGGGGCAUCGACCUUCUCAUUCCUUGUUCUCUCACUCACUGCUACUUCUUCCUUCUCAUUCCUUCACCCCCUCUUUUGAGGCGCCUCAAAAGUCGUUCCUCCCUUCCCUCCCAUCCCUCAGCUUCUGGCUGGAGCUCAACAAGCACAUGAGGGGACUGUCUAAGAACCUCCCCUUCAAUGCUCAUGCCUUGGCCCUUCUACUCUCUCCCCCCCAUUCGUCCGUGUUGCUCCUUUCUUCCCUUCCCUCCCAUCCCUCAGCUUCUGGCUGGAGCUCAACAAGCACAUGA